AUGCCGGAGGGGACUACUUACGGUUACUGGGAAGCUGCUUAUGGCCUCAUGAACGAGGCCGGUCUAUGCAUGGGCGAGAGCAGCUGUAGUGGCCGUCUCACGACGGUACCAAUCGAUGAGAACCCGCAUGGUGCUUUGUUUUGGGUGGGAGAGUUAGCGAGCGUCGCACUAGAGAUCUGUUCUACUGCUAGAGGAGCGAUCGAAACUAUGGGCCGUCUCGCAGAGGAGCACGGCUUCUACGGCACCCCCGAGGUUGAAGAGGCGGGAGAGGCUUUGACCAUCGCAGACGGUGACGAGGCGUGGGUCUUUCACAUUCUCGCCGACGAUACUGGUAACGGAGCGGUCUGGGCAGCCGAAAAGGUCCCUAAGGGUCAUGCUACCAUCGUUCCCAACGUUUUCGUCAUUCGUGAGAUCGAUCCCGACGACGAUCAGAACUUCAUGUUCUCCAAGAAUCUCUUUGAUGUCGCCGAGAGGUUGGGUUGGUGGGAUGGGAACGGACGUUUGGACUUCACUCAAACGUAUAGCGUCGGCGAGUAUACUCAUCCCUAUUAUGCUGGUCGCCGUUUGUGGAGAGCGUUCUCCUUGUGGGCACCUUCACAGAACUUUGAUCCGAAGCUCGGCGUUGAAGUGGACCGACCAACAUACCCCUUCUCUGUGAAGCCUGAUGAACCGAUAACACUCGCGAAGAUGAAGAGCUUGUACAGAGAUCAUAUGGAGGGUACUCAGUAUGAUCUAACUAAGCACGUCACGGCUGGUGGAGCGUUCGGGACGCCCAACAGUUAUGCUGAAGCAGAAGCCGAGCACUCGAUUGAAUACGGUGCCUGCGAAAGGGCAAUUUCCCUCUUCCGGACGCAAGAUGCCUAUAUUGCCGUAACUCACAAGGGAAAACCAGGAGUCAUUCAUUUCGCCAUUGGUGCACCGCACGCCAGUGUAUUCGCUCCGAUAAUCGUGAAGCCAAAUCCGAGUGUUACAUCAAUACCUGCACUGGAGAAUACAUGGCAGGGUGAGUUCAACGGGAAUUCUCUGUGGUGGGCUGUCCUGAGCGUCUCUAAUAUGAUGGAUUUGAAGUGGUGCUACAUGAUAAAGGAUGUUCAGAAAGCUCAGAAGGAAGCAGAGGAUGAAAUUGACUUCAUGAUGAAGAACAAAUCCUUCGAUGAUCUCGAAAAGCAAACUCCUGCAUUAUGCGACAGUUUGACUCGCCGUUGGUUCGAGCUCCAUUACACCCUUUUAGGGAGGUAUCAGAAUGGAUACACGAAUUGGGGAUACUCCAAGCCCGGUUAAUAACCGGCGGUUAUGGUCCCUCUACAGAGUGGCUCAAGGCAGCUGGGUUCGAUAAGUUCGAUGCGGCCGUGGCGCAGUUCGAUGAUCAAAAAGAGCGCUUCGUGAGAAGUCAGAGGGAGGCUGAUGAUAUACGUCGCAGAAGGACAUGAAUUACUGUUGGUUCUCGGUGGCUUUCUCGUGCGUCCACUAUUUGUCUUUUACCACUUCGGUGGUCAAGUUUUAUUUUUCCCACGUUCCUUGGUUGCAGUCCUUUCUCCAGCGAC